GCCAUGCACUGGGAGAUCUAGAGGGAGGGUCUGAGAGUGAGCAGAGGUUUUAUGUCUCUGUUUUCAUUCGGUUGAUGCUCAGUGGCCCUUGAACAGCUUGGCUUUAACUGUUGGCCGGCUGGCUAACAGGUGGCACUUGUGUGGGAACAGUGAGAGCACUGUAAAGUGCUGCUGCAGGCUCAGAGACUUGGUGGACUGUUGCGAGAACCAGCAGCAUGUUGAGGAUCCAGACGUGGUUGGUUCUCCUGGUUCUCUGUGCUGGGAACUCUGAGGCCUGGUGGUUCUUAAAUAAAGAAUCACCCACAGAGACCCCAACAGAGACAGGUGCCACCACGCCAACAGGAGCGCCAAAUGCUACUAAGCUAACAGGAGCAUCAAAUGCUACUACGCCAACGGGAACGUCAGGUGCCAUCACGGGAACAUCAGGUGCCAUCACGGCAACAGGGAAGAUAAGUGCCACAACGUCAACGGCAAAGACAGGUGCCACCACACCAAGAGGAGCAUCUGGUGCUGCCACAACAACAAGAACAUCAGGUACCGCCCUGUCAACAGCAACCAAUGCCACAAAGAAGAUGGAAGUGGAGGAUGACAACUUAUCUGGGAUCGGGGAGGAAAUCAUCAACGUGGCCACAGGAAUCCGUAAGUUUGUCGAGGCGUGGGACGCGACCACGGCCGCCUGGACUACUAAUGGAGGCCUGACCGAGAAGGUGGAGAGCGCUAACCCUAACACAACUGCGGAGAGCGGCCUUUCUUUGCUCCAGCUAAUCGGAGACCCUCCACCAGAUGAUAUCACCAGGACCUACAUGCCGACAGGGCAGGUCGCCUACACCUUCACCCCUGAUGCAGUGUCAGGUCAGCCAGCUUUGGCCCACGUCCCCAACCCUUUCUAUCGCCACUUCUCCCUCAUCUUCAACAUCAAGCCUGCCACUUCCGCCGCUGCCGUCCUCUUCUCCAUCACCGAUGGCGCCCAGAAGCUCAUGCACAUUGCCAUCAAGCUCAGUGCGGUGCAGUACGGCCGUCAGAAGGUGCAGUUCUUCUACACCGAGCCUGACUCCGAGGCCUCGUAUGAGGCGGCCAGCUUUGACGUGCCAAGUAUGGUGGACACCUGGUCUCGCUUCUCACUGUCUGUCUACGAGGAGCAGGUGACUUUCUACCAGGGCUGCGACUCGGAGCCACAGGUGAUGAAGUUUGAGCGUUCGCCCGAUCCCAUGGAGUUUGACUCGGCGGCAGGGAUCUUUGUGGGUCAGGCAGGAGGAGCCGAUGCUGACAAGUUCCAGGGUGACAUUGCACAGCUGACAGUGGUGGGGAACUCUCGGGCUGCAGAGCGUUUGUGUGACGACGAGGACGACUCUGACGCCGCCUCUGGUGACUUUGGCAGCGGUGAAGGCGACAGGAGACAGACGGGACAAACUGUGAAGACCACACCUGCUUCCUUCAAGCCAAUACCUGAACCCCCUGUGAUAACCUCUCAAGGAACCAGACUCAAAGAAACAGAUGACAGGUAUCAGCCGCCAUCAGUGGACCACAGCCGGCCUGGAUCACCAGGCCCAAGAGGUCCUUCAGGUCCCGGCGGUGCUAAAGGCGAGAAAGGCGACAGAGGAGAGAAAGGCUCAAAGGGGGACACGGGCCCCGUAGGGCCGAAAGGAGAGUCUGGAUCCAGCUCUGGUUCUGGUUUCUCCUCUCAGGGUGGUGGACAGAAGGGAGAAAAAGGUGCAAAGGGUAGUUCUGGCUUUGGAUACCCCGGCAAUAAAGGCGACCGUGGGGCUCAAGGGCCUCCCGGGCGCCCUGGUCCUCCUGGACCUGCAGCUGAGGUGGUUCGACUUGGGGAUGGCUCUGUUGUGCAGCAGGUGUCUGGACCUUCUGGACCACCGGGACCACCAGGAUCAGCUGGAGCACCAGGACCUGCAGGAACUGAUGGAGAACCUGGCGAUCCAGGAGAGGACGGGAAAGUUGGUCCUCCUGGGCCACAUGGUACCCCAGGAAAUCCAGGAACUGCUGGUGCCAAAGGCCAAAAGGGUGAAAUUGGAUUUGGUCAACCAGGACCUAGAGGUCCCCCUGGUCCACCAGGACUUCCUGGACCUGGCACCGGCGACCGCCCAACAUUUUUUGACAUGGAGGGCUCAGGAUACCCAGACUUGGACAAAAUCCGGGGUCUACGUGGUCUUCCAGGUCCCCCAGGUCCUCCUGGCCCUCCUGGGACUUCAGUUGCAGUAGGACCGAAUGGUCCAGUAGCCUACGGACCCCCUGGUCCACCAGGACUUGAUGGAGCCCCUGGUCUACCGGGCCCUCCUGGCCCUCCUGGUCGACCGGGUCAAACAGGACUCAUUGGAAUGAAGGGUGACAGCGGUGAGCUCGGUCUUCCAGGAGCGUCUGGAGAAAAGCAAGUGUCGCAAGACUUUUUCAACGGCCUGCUCUCUUACUUUAAUCCAUUCUCUACGGGUGCUCAGGGCGACAUAGGAAAGACAGGUACACCGGGGCAAACUGGGCUGGCAGGGCUUCCAGGUCCCAUGGGACCAGUUGGACCACCAGGACCCCCUGGGCCACCAGGGCCACCGUACGGUGGUAGUUUUAGUAACCAGGAUGGUUAUGAGGUGAUAAAUGGCUUACCUGGAGUCAGUGGCGUACCUGGACCACAGGGUCCACCUGGUAUCGCAGGUCUACCUGGUAAGCCAGGUUUGCCAGGCAACCAUGGAGACAAAGGAGCAGAGGGACCAAGAGGACCUCCAGGGAUACCAGGUCUUGAUGGGUUCCCCGGACAGUCGGGUGAAAAAGGAGACAGAGGAAUGAAAGGAGAGGCGGGUCAGCCAGGGCGAGAUGGCGGACCACCUGGACCUCCAGGGCCUCCCGGACCUCCAGGACAGAUCAUCCACCAGACCAGCGAUUUUAAUGACGUAUAUUGGACCGAAGGGUCGCAGGGGGGAAAUGCCGUUCCGGGUCGAGCUGGAUUCCCAGGGCCCAUGGGGCCAAAAGGUGAUAAAGGAGACUCAGGACCUCCAGGAUAUGCACCUAAAGGACAGAAAGGAGAGCCCGGCCUCGUCAUGGGGCCUGAUGGGAGACCUCUGUAUCUUGGUGGCCUGGCAGGACAGCCGGGCGAGCAAGGACCGCCGGGCCCUGUGGGACCUCCAGGUCCGUAUGGUCCUUCAGGCCAGAAGGGAGAGAUUGGGCUUCCAGGUAGACCGGGUCGACCCGGUCUGAACGGUGCCAGAGGAGAGAAAGGAGAUUCGAGCACUGGAUCUGGAUAUGGUCACCCCGGUCCUCCAGGUCCACCAGGCCCACCUGGACCACCUGGACCUACUUCUCACCUCGACAGACACAGAGGCUAUGACGACCACUCCAGCUAUUACCCAGCUGUUAAAGGAGAGAAAGGUGAUCGUGGACUACCAGGGACACUUGAAAUUCCAGGUUACGGGUCGAACUUUGACAUUUACACUUUGAAGAAUCAGAUGAAAGGUGAUACAGGCAGUCCGGGCGUAAAAGGAGAGAAAGGAGAAUCAGGUGGAGGGUAUUAUGACCCUCGCUAUGGAGGAGCAGGAGGACCACCAGGAGAGCCAGGACCUCCUGGCCCAAAAGGCGACUCCAUUAUUGGCCCUCAAGGCCCUCCAGGGCAACCUGGUCACCCAGGAAGAGGCUACGAUGGCCAACCCGGACCACCAGGUCCACCCGGACCUCCUGGACCAUCCUCAUCUGGACCUUACAGGGGCACACAGACUAUCAAUAUUCCUGGACCACCGGGUCCACCUGGAUCACCUGGACUACCUGGACACUCCUCAGGGGUUACCGUGUUGGGAUCUUAUGAUAUCAUGACAGCCACAGCUAGAAGACAACCUGAGGGCUCUUUGGUGUACAUUAUAGACCACACAGAUCUCUACUUACGGGUCCGAGAUGGAGUCCGUCAAGUCCAACUCGGGAGCUACAUUCCUUUGCCCAGUGUGGAUGCUAAUGAGGUGGCGGCUGUGGUGCCCCCACCAGUCGUCCCCUACUCCCCGGACCACCGCUCCCACACUGACACUACACAUGAAAACCAGCCACAUCCACACCCGCAUCAGCCACAUACUGAACCGCAUCAGCCACAUCCACACCCGCAUCAGCCACAUCCAGAACCGCAUCAGCCACAUCCAGAACCGCAUCAGCCACAUCCAGAACCGCAUCAGCCAUAUCCACACCCGCAUCAGCCAACACACCCAGAACCUCAUUACCCAUCAGACCCUGAUCCCAGAUACCCAACAAACCCUGAUCCCAGAUAUCAUCCUGACACACGGUAUCAGCCGAAUCCUCGGUACCCAGAACCCACAGAUCCGAGGUUUCCAAGCUACUCAGAUCGGAUAAAUCAACCAGAUGGUAGGUCUGUCAAUACAGCCCAUGAACGCCCUACAUACCCGGUCACUCGCUAUGCAGUCACUCCUCAGAGAAGACCACCACCUCCUGUGCCCGAGACUCCAGUCCACCAUCAUACUUCAGGUCCAGGGCUUCACCUGAUCGCCUUGAAUAGCCCUCAGACCGGCGCCAUGCGGGGCAUUCGCGGUGCAGACUUCCUGUGCUUCACUCAGGCUCAGGCCAUCGGGAUGAAGGGAACUUUCCGAGCCUUCCUGUCCUCCAGACUGCAAGACCUCCACAGCAUUGUCCGCAAGACUGACAGGGACCAUUUGCCAAUAGUCAACCUGAAGGAUGAGGUUCUGUUUGACAACUGGGACGCCAUCUUCAAUGACGGCAAAAUAAAGGACAACGUGCCGAUCUAUUCAUUUGAAGGCAAAGACGUUCUCAAUGACAACACAUGGCCGGAGAAGAUGAUAUGGCACGGGUCAACCGCCGUCGGGCAGCGGCACGUCGACAGCUUCUGUGAGACGUGGCGCGUGGGUGUGCAGACAGUGACCGGCAUGUCGUCGCCGCUGCAGAGCGGCAGCUUGCUCCAGCAGAGCGCCAGCAGCUGCACCAGCUCCUACGUUGUUCUGUGCAUCGAGAACAGCUACAUCGGCCACGCCAGAAGAUAGACACACACACACACACACACGUAACACUUGACAAAGGGAAAUCCUAAAGCAGUCACACACUUUUAUCUAUCUAUGCACCGUAUGUGGUGCAUUGUAAAUAGGUUUUUUUCUUAUGAAUAAUUAGUUUAUGUUUGUUAGCCCCUCCUAUAUGGUGCUAUACAGGAAUAUUCCACCCGUUGAACCUAAGUUAAGCUCAGGUGACACACAGUAACAAGCCCUCCGGCAGCCAUAUUGGAAGUCCAUACCUUCUUAAAGGCAACGAUGGCCUUAAAGGUUGACUGUGCUUCCAAACGUUUUGUUGUCUGUGAACAUAAAUGCUUAAUUUCUUUGCUGUUUGUGACUUCUUAGCUAGCAGUUAUGUUGACGCUAAUAUUGAAAUGAGCAAGAGAGGAACACAGUUGGGCUAAUUCCAGAGACACAUGUUGUUGCUGUUAUAUAAUAUAAGUCUUCAAUCUCUGGAAAGAUUUGUCACACAGCAGCUCAGAAAAACAACCUGACCAGAAUAGAGGAACUAAACUGAUCUCAGAGAGACUGUGAUCAUACGUAGAAAUGACGUCUGAACUACAAGAAAAAAAGGUAGUUUUACAUUUUCUUCAUGUGUUUAACCAAAAAAAAAAAGUGUCUUGAAAACAUUAACAUACCAAAUGCACAACUCAAAUACCUGAAAAUCAGUGUUAAUAAUGGUUUCCUGUGGCUUUUUAAAUACAACAUUUAGUUUUUAUCUACAGUAUUUACCAUUGCUGGAGGUGAAAAUGGAGUCAAAGCUGUUGAAAUGGUGCGGUCGUCAACACGUUAUAGCAACCAAAAUGCUAAGAUAAACAAGUUAAUGUUUAUGAAAUGUAUGUUGUUGUUUUUUAACUUCUUCUCCUUUACACUGAUGUUAUCUGUAACCCAUAGCACUUGAGUUAACUGUCUUACACGGGAAGAUAUUUUCAAAUCGUAUUUUUUAGCAGUAACAAAGGGAUAUUUAUUUUUUAUAAACUGUGCAUUUUCUAGUUCAGCUAUAAUGUGUGAUGUGAAUGCUUUCACAAAACAAUAAUUUCCAAACCCUACACAAAGAUGCGCAAUGCUUAGGAUUCAGCCAUAAAUAUUUGUCGAUGCACUGUUGCUUUUUAUUUGUUUUUCGAGAACAGUGAAUGCACUGCAGUUUGGGUUUCAAACGUGGAGAACAGAGUGACGUUUUCAUGUACUAACAGUGCCAUAACAAAUGCAGUAAGUUUUGUAUUAACUCCCAGCAAGUUAAUUAUCUGCUUUUUUCCCCCUCCUUGUGUGAGCAGCAUUUUGAAAUGGUGCAUCUCAUUGAAUAAACCUGUGUGGAAAUUGUUGUGAGUUCUC